AUGUUUGCCAACGGAUCCAAAGCCGAGUUCCGACGCCUGCCGUCAGCCGUCACUCCAAGACAUUAUGUAAUCACUAUUAGACCACAACUCAAGAGUUUUACAUUCACUGGCAGUGAAGUGAUUAGCGUUGGCGUCAAAGAAGAGACCAAACAGAUUGUUUUGAAUUCACUCGACAUUGUCAUCACUUCCGCCACUUUUACCACAAGUGAUGCCAAAACGUUGACUUCCGUACGGAUCGAGAGCUCAGUAGAAACGGAGACGACUUGUAUUGACUUCGCAGAGACUUUACCCCUCGGGUCGGGAGAAUUGAAACUGGAAUUCACGGGUUUUAUUAACGAUAAACUGAAGGGUUUCUACAGAAGUAAAUACACGGCUGCAGACGGACAACAGGACAGGUAUGCGGCGGUCACUCACUUCGAGGCGACUGAAGCCCGGCGAGCGUUUCCGUGUUGGGACGAACCGGCACUUAAGGCCACGUUUGACAUCCGUCUUGUGGUACCGCCGGGUGUGAAGGCUCUGUCAAAUAUGGAUUCAUUGAGAGUCAAAGAGAUCGCCGACUCUGAUCUCAUUGAGAUAGAGUUUAUGACCACUCCUCUGAUGUCGACAUAUCUGAUCGCUUACGCCGUCGGAGAGUUUGAUUUGGUUGAGGGAAAGACAGUCAACGGACACACUGUUCGCGUGUAUACACCGGUGGGAAAGAAAGAUCAGGGAGUCUUCGCUCUGGAUGUGGCCAUCAAAUCGUUGACAUACUAUGAGGACUACUUUGAUAUCCCGUACCCGUUGUCCAAACUCGAUAUGAUAGCCGUCAGUGACUUCCCGAUCGGAGCGAUGGAGAACUGGGGUCUAAUCACAUAUCGGGAGACAUGUAUUCUUGUGGACCCAUUGAAUACCUCGACUUUCAGUAAACAAAGAACUGCGAUAAUAAUAGCCCACGAGAUCGCUCACCAAUGGUUCGGUAAUUUGGUGACAAUGGACUGGUGGACAGAUCUGUGGUUGAAAGAAGGUUUCGCCACAUUUAUCUCAUACUUAUGUGUAAACCAUUUGUUCAGUGAGUAUCACAUUUGGACUCAAUUCGUGUCCGACGAGUACUUAACGGCACUCAAUUUGGACGCACUUCACAACUCACAUCCCAUUGAAGUACCCGUCGGUCAUCCGUCGGAAAUUAUUGAAAUUUUUGACAGAAUAUCCUACGAUAAGGGAUCCGCUGUCUUAAGAAUGCUUCACCGGUAUAUUGGAGAUGAGUAUUUUAGAAAAGGAUUGCAUUUAUAUCUCGAUCAACACAAAUACGGCAAUACUGUGACCGACGAUCUCUGGACUUCACUCCAAAAGGCCAGCGAUAGACCCGUUAGAGAAGUGAUGAAUACUUGGACUAAACAGAAAGGAUAUCCCGUUAUAACUGUUAAGUCCCGUCGCGACGGAAACUCAUUGUUUCUAAGCUUAAGUCAAGAGAAAUUCAAUGCCGACGGAAAGGCCGACUCCGAUGUGAGCCCUCUUUGGAUGAUUCCUAUAUCUGUGAUCCGAUCUUCAGAUCCGUCCAAAGCAUUCAUUGAAAGACUAAUGGAUUCAAAAAGUCUUGAGAUUGAAAUCCCAAACAUAUCGGCCGACGAAUGGAUAAAAUUGAACCCAAAUAGUGUCGGUAUAUAUCGUGUCCACUAUUCCGAUGAAUUGCUGGAACGGCUAUUGCCGGCCGUCGGGAGCAAAACACUUGAGCCUUUGGAUCGUUUGGGUCUUCAGAGCGAUGUGUUUGCUUUGGUUCAGUCGGGCCUCACGUCUGCCGAACAUAUACUCAAACUUUUGGACAGAUUUUCGGCUGAAGACGAUUACGCCGUUUGGAGUUCUAUCGAUGAAUGUCUGGGAAAAUUCAAUCAACUCGUAGAUUCACUCACUUUUCCAUCGAUUCGGUUGUCAACUGUUGUCGAAGACAUACGACAGACUCGGAUGGGAACCAAUCAAAGGAGAGACACAUUUGGAUACUUUAUUGAGAAGUUUAAUAAUCAAUCUUUAAUAAUUAAUCGUUUGAUUUCUCUCGAAGACAAGAGAGUUAUCUCUGAGUCCAAGAAAUUGUUUGAUUCACACAUUAAGGGGACGUUUGUUAUCCCCGCAGACCUUAAGACAGCUGUCUAUCGGGCCGUUGCUAUUGAUUGCGACGAUAAGACUUACGACUCAUUAUUAAAAUUAUAUCGCGAGACAGACCUUAAAGAAGAGAGAGUUCGGGUAUUGAGAGGUUUGGGGUCCGUUAGAGAUGUGAAUCGUAUCCAACAAGUGCUCGACUUAUCCAUAUCUGAAGAGGUUGCGAGCAAUGAUUCAGUGAUUGUCAUCACAUCCGCGUCGUUCUCGAAGAAUGGCAGAGACAUUGUGUGGCAGUUCUUCAAACAAAAUGCCGAUCUAUUGAAACGUCGGUACGAAACGGGUGUCGCCAUCAGCUCAUUGGUUAAGUACAUAACGGAAAACUUUGUGACCGAAGAGAAGGCCAUAGAAUUGGAGACAUUCUUCGCCGACAAUCCAUUCCCGGGAACCGAACGAACGGUUAAGCAAUCACUUGAAAAAAUACGUUUAAACAGCGAAUGGUUGGCUCGCGAUCUGCCGGCCAUUCAAUCCUUUCUAUCCAAUCCCGAGUUCCGACGCCUGCCGUUAGCCGUCACUCCAAGACAUUAUGUAAUCACUAUUAGACCACAACUCAAGAGUUUUACGUUCGCUGGCAGUGAAGAGAUCAGUGUUGGUGUCAGUGAACAGACCAAACAGAUUGUCUUGAAUUCACUCGACAUUGACAUCAGUUCCGCCACUUUUACCACAAGUGAUGCCAAAACGUUGACUUCCGUACGGAUCGAGAGCUCUGCCAAAACUGAGACGACUUGUAUUGACUUCACAGAGACUUUACCCCUCGGGUCGGGAGAACUGAAACUGGAAUUCACGGGUUUUAUUAACGAUAAACUCAAAGGUUUCUACAGAAGUAAAUACACGGCCGCAGACGGACAACAGGACAGGUAUGCGGCGGUCACUCAAUUCGCCCCAACCGACGCCCGGCGAGCGUUCCCGUGUUGGGACGAACCGGCACUUAAGGCCACGUUUGACAUCCGUCUUGUGGUGCCGAAGCAUUUGAAGGCUUUGUCAAACAUGGACUCAUCGGCGGUCAUCCCUUUGGCCGACUCAGACCUCACAGAAGUACAAUUCCCGACCACUCCUCGAAUGUCGACAUAUCUGAUCGCUUACGCCGUCGGAGAGUUUGACUUCGUUGAGGGAAAGACAGUCAACGGACACACUGUUCGCGUGUAUACACCGGUGGGAAAGAAAGAUCAGGGAGUCUUCGCUCUGGAUGUGGCCAUCAAAUCGUUGACAUACUAUGAGGACUACUUUGAUAUCCCGUACCCGUUGUUCAAACUCGAUAUGUUAGCCGUCGGUGACUUUGCCUACGGAGCGAUGGAGAACUGGGGGUUAGUUAUAUAUCGGGAGACAUAUAUUCUUGUGGAUCCACUCAAUUCUUCAGCACUAAGUAAACAAACAACUGCUACAGUAAUAGCCCACGAAAUCGCUCACCAAUGGUUCGGUAAUUUGGUGACAAUGGACUGGUGGACAGAUCUAUGGCUAAAUGAAGGCUUCGCCACAUUUAUCUCAUACCUCUGUAUUAACCAUCUGUUCAGUGAUUAUCACAUUUGGACACAAUAUGUUUCCGAAACCUAUUUAGCGGCACUCAAUUUGGACGCACUCCACAACUCACACCCCAUUGAAGUACCGGUCGGUCAUCCGUCGGAAAUUAAUGAAAUUUUUGAUAAAAUAUCCUACAAUAAGGGAUCCGCUGUCUUAAGAAUGCUUCACCGGUAUAUCGGGGAUGAGUAUUUUAGAAAAGGAUUGCAUUUAUAUCUCGAUCAAUACAAAUACGGCAAUACUGUUACUGAAGAUCUCUGGACUUCACUCCAAAAGGCCAGCGAUAGACCCGUUAGAGAAGUGAUGAAUACGUGGACUAAACAGAAAGGAUAUCCCGUUAUAACAGUUAAGUCCCGUCGCGACGGAAACUCAUUGAUUCUAAGCUUAAGUCAAGAGAAAUUCAAUGCCGACGGAAAGGCCGACUCCGAAGUGAGUCCUCUUUGGAUGAUUCCUAUAUCUGUGAUCCGAUCUUCAGAUCAGUCCAAAGCAUUUAACUCUAACUUUAGGGUUUGUAUAGCCGGUUACUUACCUAUUUUAACUUGGCCAUAUAUAGCACAGGUGAUAAGGCUACUUAACGACCUUGCCGAUAACGGCCGGCAGCCUAACAAAACUCUUCAGCCUUUAGACCGUUUGGGGCUUCAGAGCGAUGUGUUUGCUUUGGUUCAGUCGGGCCUCACGUCUGCCGAACAUAUACUCAAACUUUUGGACAGAUUUUCGGCUGAAGACGAUUACGCCGUUUGGAGUUCUAUUGAUGAAUGUCUGGGAAAAUUCAAUCAACUCGUGUCCCACACAGACAUUCACUCCCUUUUCCAUCGAUUCGGUUGUCAACUGUUGUCGAAGACAUACGACAGACUCGGAUGGGAACCAAUCAAAGGAGAGACACAUUUGGAUACUUUAUUGAGAAGUUUAAUAAUCAAUCGUUUGAUUUCUCUCGAAGACAAGAGAACAUACGACAGACUCGGAUGGGAACCAAUCAAAGGAGAGACACAUUUGGAUACUUUAUUGAGAAGUUUAAUAAUCAAUCGUUUGAUUUCUCUCGAAGACAAGAGAGUUAUCUCUGAAUCAAAGAAAUUGUUUGAUUCACACAUUAAGGGGACGUUUGUUAUCCCCGCAGACAUUAAGACAGCGGUCUAUCGGGCCGUUGCUAUCGAUUGCGACGAUAAGACUUACGAAUCAUUAUUAAAACGCUCUGUCUGGAUGUUCUUCUCUCUCAAGCUCACAACGCUCCAAACCCCAGGCAAUCUCUACACUUAG